UGUUGUGUUUCGCGUUUGUUUGUUGCUGUGCUGCACAAAGAGACUAUUUUGAAAAUAUUUGUUUGCUGUCGCUUUGUUCUGCGUAGUUCAAUUUGAACUGAUUAAAAAGUGAUUCUAUAAUAAUAACAUUUUAAAAAUGUCAGGUUGUGAUUCUCAAAAAGCAGAAAGCUCUAAAGAUAACAUUUCUACCAAUUCGAUCGACGAGGGUUUGCCGAGAGAACUGAGCCAGUUGAGCCUUUCAAGUGCAUCGAGUCAAGAUGAGUUUUAUUGUGAUAAAGGCCAUUCUGAAAUAACACUUAAAAACUUGUUCCAAUAUUUUCAAUCUCAAAAAUUAUGUGACGUCGCACUAAUUGCUGGAGGAUGCAGGAUUCCAGCCCACAAAGUAAUGUUAGCAUCAUGCAGUGAGUACUUUGCUGCUAUGUUCACUGGAUCAUUACGAGAAUCCCAGUUAACAGAAAUAACUCUGGAGCGGGUUGAUUCACAGGCUCUCCAGGCUCUUGUGCGGUACUGCUAUACUGGAACUAUAGAACUAAGGGAAGAGACAGUAGAAGUACUUUUGUCUACAGCAAGCUUGCUGCAGUUAAAUACAGUCACAGAUGCUUGUUGUGCUUUCCUAAAGAAACAGCUUGAUCCAUGUAACUGUUUAGGGAUAGCUUUGUUCGCUGAGCAGCAGUCUUGUAUGACUUUACACAAGAGUGCUUUGGAGUAUACUUAUCAGCAUUUCAUGCAGGUGGUGAAGCAUCAAGAGUUCCUAUCUCUGCAAAUGGAUCAGCUUGCAAGUUUGCUCAAGUCCGAUGACCUCAACGUGAUAACAGAGGAGAAUGUUUUCGAAAGUCUGAUGACAUGGGUGCAACAUGACAGUGCCAACAGAGAACAAUAUUUGCCAACUUUACUGAAGCUUAUUAAGUUACCAUUACUUUCUUCUGAGUACUUAAUCGAUAAAGUGGAACUAGCAUGUGGUAAUGUCCCAGAGUGCCAACCCUUGAUAAUGGAAGCUGUCAAGUGGCAUCUUCUCCCCGAAAGACGCUCAUUGCUUUUCUCGCACAGAACCAGGCCAAGGACAUCAACAAUUGGAAGAUUGUUAGCAAUCGGAGGCAUGGAUGGCUAUAAGGGUGCAAGCAAUAUGGAAAUGUAUGACCCCAGAACCAACACAUGGACUCCAUUUAUGAGGAUGGGCGCAAGGAGGCUACAGUUUGGAGUAGCAGUGCUACAAAAUAAACUUAUUGUUGUUGGAGGCAGAGACGGUUUAAAGACUUUAAAUACGGUGGAAUGUUUUGAUAUGACGUCAUUAAGUUGGAGUACACUGGCGCCGAUGAAUACACACCGACAUGGAUUAGGAGUUGCAGUUUUAGGAGAUGGACCUAAUUCGCCUAUUUACGCAGUCGGCGGGCAUGAUGGCUGGAUAUAUUUAAAUUCAGUGGAAAGAUGGGACGCAUGUUCGCGCACGUGGACCAUAGUUUCGCCGAUGACGGGCGCGCGGAGCACUUGCGGCGUGGCGGCACUCCGCGGGCGACUGUACGCGGUGGGCGGCCGCGACGGCGGAGCUUGCCUGCGCUCCGUCGAGUGCUACGAUCCCACCACCAACCACUGGACCAACUGUGCUGCUAUGACGCGUCGCCGUGGGGGAGUCAGCGUGUGCGCGGCGGGCAGCUACCUGUACGCAUUAGGCGGGCACGAGGCGCCGGCGAACACGGUGGGCGGGCGGCUGGCGUGCGUGGAGCGCUACGACCCCGCCGCCGACUCGUGGCUGCUGCUGGCGCGCCUGUCCUACGGCCGCGACGCCAUCGGCUCCUGCCUGCUCGGCGACCGCAUCGUGGCCGUCGGUGGCUAUGAUGGAGUGCAGUACCUGUGCGUCGUCGAAGUGUACGACUCAGAGUCGAACUGCUGGCGCAAGCUCGCGCCUCUGAGCACGGGGCGCGCGGGCGCCGCCGUGGUGGCCGUGCCGCCGCCGCGCAACCUGUUCUGAUACCGCGGCCACUCGCUGCUCACCUACGUCAUCGCCUGAGGCGGCGCGA